AUGGCCUUCCUCCGCCACGAGCGUGUAGUCCAUCCGUUGCUAUACUAUGGAAGCCCCAACUAUUCUCGUGCGCUCGUGGCGGAGGAAGCACUCAGUUUACGCCUUUGGGUAUCGAGCCUUCGACAUACUACAUGUACUGAUCGUGCUGUGUCUUCUCUCACUCGAGAAUCCACCGACAUGUCGAUCCCCCCUCCUCCACCUUACGCGCCAGCAACUGGCAAAGUGACAGCUCGGCAGCGAGACGCAGCGAUGGAUGAGUUCAUUCAGCGCGUUCAGAAUGGAGAAGAAGACGUCGAAGUCCUGGUGGCGAGAGAUGUACCGUCACGGAAGUGGCGAGGCGGAUUGCACUACCGAGUCGACUGUUUUAGCGCUGUGAUGAUCGAAGCUCGGUACUCGGCCUCGGGCAGGAAGGUGGACUUGUACAUGACCAAAGUGCGGUCAGAUCCGCACAAUUUCGUGGUCACAAAUGUGAACUGCCAACUCGCGCGCUAUGACGAGGCGAACGGCAAGAUGCUAUUUGUCGGAGGUGGAAACAUGGAGCUGGUCGUGCCCGCUACACAACAGCGAAUCGACCCGAUUCGUCCUCGGCUGGUUAUUGAGGUGGAAUUCCACAACCGAAGCCUGGAAGCGAGUGAUCGCUACACUCGAGAAUUCUUCGAGUUGAUCCCUCAAGUCCGAGCUGCGCUGCUGUUCAAGUUCUUCCGACGUGAGCCCAGAGGAGGACCGUUCGCGUGCGUAGCCAUUCUAUACCGACGCAACGACCAAGGUGGGGUUUCCAUCGCCGACGCCGUGAGCUUCGGAAGCGCUCCACUUGAUGCUGCUAGUCAGGAUUUCAUCGGCCACGAACCGCUGCGGACAUUGCCCCUCGCCCCCAUUCCUGCGGCCGACAUUUUAUCGGGCGCUGGUCAGGUUAACGGUACUGGGGUGCCGGCCGACCCAGCAGCGUUUCCUGAUGCGCAGAUCGACCUCUGGGGCCUCUACGACCGGCUUGAGUGGUCUGCAGAUUUUAACUUCGAGUAG